UCUAGAGCCAAGCCACAACCGUACUCUCCUUAAUCCACUCCAUUCUCUUUUCUCCCAGCUAUGCUGCCAGAGUGUGCUAUGGGUUUACAAGAGCAACAAAAGAUGAAUAAAUCUCUGGAGUUGGUAUCAUUUGAGGAUGUGGCUGUGGACUUCACCUGGGAGGAGUGGCAGGACCUGAAUGAUGCUCAGAGGACUUUGUACAGGGAUGUGAUGCUGGAGACCUACAGCAACCUGGUGUCACUGAAUUUCCAGAUAGAUGAUGACCUUGAGGAGAAGAACCAAGAAAGUCAUGGUAGAUGCUUGCAGCAAAUUUUAGUCACCAACAGCAACACAUCAGCUGAGGAGAGAGUCAUGUUAGGAAAAUCACUUUAUUUGAGUUCAUAUAUUGUUUUAAAUAUGAUUAUAAAUAAUGGAAAGUAUUCAGGAAAGGGACAUGAGGAGUUAUACAUAUGUCAGAAUGCACUUCUUCCUAGAGGGCCUGAUGAGAUGCCUGCUGGAGAGAAACCUGAUGACCAUCAUAUAACUGAAAAAUUGCCCAGACAUCAUGAGCACCUUAGUCAGCAUCCCAAUAUUCAAACUGGGAAGCAGCUUUUAGAAUACAGUGGAAAAGGGAAAUCCUCCAACACAGAGCCAACAAUAUUUACACAUAAAAAGAUUCACAUCAAUGAGACCACCUGUAAGUAUAAUGAAUAUGGGAAAGGCUGUAAUAAGGCAGCUGCCAUUGUCCAAGAAAUAAAUCACGUAGAAAGGAGAACUUUUCAAUGUGAUAUACAUGGGAAAAUGUUCUGUAAAAAGUCUGAACUUACUCAACAUCAGAUUAUGCACACAGGAGAGAAACACUAUAAAUAUGCUGAAUGUGAGAAAACUUUUAUUAAGAAAUUAUACCUUACCUCACAUCAGAGAACACCUAUACAGGAGAAGCUUUAUGGUUGGAAUGAACAGGAGAAAAUUUUUUGUCAGAAGUCAGACCUUACAAUGCAUCAGAGAACUCACACAGGAGAAAUGUACUAUGGAAGUAUUAAAUGUGGGAAAAGCUUUGGUAAGAAUUCACCCAGCCAUCAUGAGAGAACUCACACAGGUGAAAUACCAGAUGGAUGUAAUGAAUGUGAAAAAUCUUCCUACCAUGAGUCUGCACUCUCUGUAUAUCAGAGAGUUCACACAAGUGAGAAACCAUGUAAAGAAUAUGAAAAAGCCUUUUACAGUAAUAAAUGUAAAAACUUUCCUGAAAAGUCACACUGCAACAGUCAUCAGAGAAUUUGCACAGGUGAGAAACCACGUGAAUGUAAGGAAUGUGGAAAAACUUUUAACCAAAAGUCAAGCCUAAGCAUUCAUUCCAGAACUCACAGACGUGAGAAACCAUAUGAAUACACCAGGAAGCAUGAGAGAAUUCACACUUGUGAGAAGUGA